UGGAAGAUUGCCAUGCACGACAUCUCCGUGUGUGUGUGUGUGUGUCGCUAUAUCCCACCACUGAUUCCUCCUCCUCCUCCGCCAUCCUCUCCACGAUGCGACUUUGAUCAGCCCACCGCCAGCAAACACCGAGAGUCACGCGACUGCGAGAACCACCUUGACCGCGAAUCCCUACCGAAACCCCUACCCUUGACGAGCACGCCCGCGCCAGCAUGUCAGACUCGUCCGUCACCAAGACUGCUGCUUCGCCCGACGUCUCGAGCAGCUCUCGUCCUGGUUCCUCCAUCGGUCACGAACAUGAAGUCCAACCACCGCCCACGGGCUGGAUGUACAAGAGUCGCAAGAUUGGUCCCGUCACACUCCCAUACUAUGCCUCUCCACGAGCACAACUGCUGCUGGUCGCAUUCGUUUGCUUCCUCUGUCCGGGUAUGUUCAAUGCCGUGAACGGCCUCGGAGGCGGCGGACAACUCGACCCGAAACCCAGCAACGAUUCCAACACCGCUCUCUAUUCCACCUUCACCGUCGUCGGUUUCUUCGCUGGAACGAUCACCAACACGAUCGGAAUCCGAUGGGCCAUGUCGUUUGGAGGAAUUGGAUACUCGGUCUAUGUUUCUGCAUACCUUGCAUACAACUACACACAAAAUUAUGCAUACAUCACAUUUGCUGGAGCACUACUUGGUGUCUGUGCUGGCAUUCUGUGGUCUGCACAGGGUGCGAUUAUGAUGUCGUAUCCGCUGGAGUCCGAGAAGGGAAGGUUCAUAUCGUGGUUUUGGAUGAUCUUCAAUCUCGGAGGUGUUAUCGGCAGUCUGGUCCCUCUCGGCGCCAACAUCAACACCACGUCCGACAGCUCCGUCUCCAACGGCACCUACAUCGGCUUCCUCGUCCUGACCUUCUCCGGCGGCCUCCUCGCCUGGACCCUCGUCGACGCCAAAAAAGUCGUCCGCUCCGACGGCAGCCGCGUAAUCCUCAUGAAAAACCCCACCUGGAAAACCGAACUUAUCGGCCUCUGGACCACCCUCCGCGCCGAACCCUACAUCGUCUUCCUCUUCCCCAUGUUCUUCGCCUCCAACUGGUUCUACACCUAUCAAUUCAACGGCGUCAACCUCGCCCAAUUCAACACCCGCACCCGCGCGCUGAACUCCACUCUCUACUGGACGGCUCAAAUCUUCGGCGCCCUCGUCUACGGCUACUUCCUCGAUCUCAAAUCUUUCCGUCGUACUGUCCGCGCCAAAGCCGCUUGGGUGUCCCUCUUCGCCCUCACCAUGAUCGUCUGGGGCGGCGGCUACGCUUUUCAAACAACGUACACCCGCGCCUCCAACGCCAGUCUCGACUGGGAGGAUCGCGCGUACAUCGGCCCCAUGUUCCUGUACAUCUUCUACGGCUUCUACGACGCCGCGUGGCAGACGGCGGUAUACUGGUUCAUGGGCGCCAUCACCAACAACGGCCGCACGCUCGCCAACUACGCCGGUUUCUACAAGGGCAUUCAAUCCGCCGGCGCGGCGGUCAUGUGGGCGGUCGACGGGCAGAAAGCCCCGUACAUGAAUAUGUUUGCGAGUUGUUGGGCGUUGUUGUGCGGGAGUUUGAUUCUGGCGUUGCCGGUGAUGAUUUGGAGGAUCAAGGAUACGGUGCCGAUUGAGGUGGAUUUGAAGGGGACGGAUGAGAGGGUGGAGGAUGUACUGGGUGCGCCGCCGGUGGGGGCGAGUGAGAAGCAUGGGGUUGUUACUGGUGUUUGA